AUAACUGCAGCAUAACUUUAAAAAAUUGUGAACUGAGUGGCGACUCUGGUCUGGGCUCAGCAGCAGCGCGAGGAGGUUGUGGCGUCUGCUUCAUCCAGGCUGUUUGAGCCCGGAUGAUCGAGGUUGUUUGCAAUGACCGUUUGGGGAAGAAGGUGCGCAUUAAGUGCAAUACAGAUGACACCAUCGGGGACCUUAAGAAGCUGAUUGCAGCCCAAACUGGCACCCGUUGGGACAAGAUCGUAUUGAAGAAGUGGUACACAGUUUUUAAGGACCACGUGUCUCUGGGGGACUAUGAAAUCCAUGAUGGGAUGAACCUGGAGCUUUAUUACCAAUAGAGCAGAAUUCCUUCUUCCUGCCCUUCCCCCUCCUCCCACCCUCACUCCCCACACUAAUAUGGAUUCUUGUUUUUGGAAACUCAUGUUAAUAAAAACUUAGAGGCUGAAAAAAAAAAAUUGGGAACCACUACUUUGCCCAUCUGUACCUUAUACUGUAUAUCAGCUGUAGUUUAAAAACAAAGAAACAUACACUUAUUAAGAAGACAAGUUAGGGAUUUCCCUGGUGGUCCAGUGGUUAAGAAUCCGCCUUGCAAUGCAGGGGACUCAGGAUCGGUCCCUGGUCAGGGAACUAAGACCCCAUGUGCCUCAGAGUAGCUAAGCCCAUGUGCCCUGGAGCCCUCGAUCAGCAACUGCUGAGCUGGUGCAGCACAACUAGCAAGUCCAUGCGCUGCCACAGAAAGAUCUGGCAUGACACAGUGAAGACAUGACACAGCCAAAUCAAAUAUUAAAAGAGAGAGAAAGACAAGUUAAAAAUCAACAUAGUAGUUAAUUAAGACCAUUAUAAAGCUAUGCUCAGCCAGUUUACUCAUUUUAUUUAGAGCUAUCAAAGACUAUUGCAGACUGGAGUUUAAUUUAGCCAGUGAACUGGAAGAAUAAUACCCUGUAAAAUUACAUUAAUUUGUAUAUGGAAUAUGGCAAGGUAUUUAUGUAAAUAUAGAUGUAAAGGGAAAAGAAGCAGCAGGAGAAUAUAUGCUUUAUUGUGAAAAGUGAUACGUGCUGCUGUUUGAGAGAGCAAAGGGCACAGUCCUGCACUUGGGCAUCUAGCAGUGUCUGUGGAGUAUGCCCUUUUAGUUUGUCUUCGAGGCAAACUGAGGGUCGAUCUCACAUUCUGUGAUAUGGAGCCCAACGCGCCUCUCUUCC